AUGAGUAAACUGUCGUUCCGGGCGCGGGCUCUGGAUGCUAGUAAGCCUCUACCCGUCUUCCGCUGCGAGGAUCUGCCUGACCUGCACGAGUAUGCCUCUAUCAACCGGGCAGUGCCGCAGAUGCCCACCGGGAUGGAGAAGGAGGAGGAAUCGGAGCACCACCUCCAGCGGGCCAUCUCAGCGCAGCAGGUGUGGGGCGAGAAGAGGGACAACAUGGUCAUCCCGGUGCCAGAGGCCGAGUGCAACAUCCCCCACUACGAGUCUCUGUAUCCUGGGGAGUUCAAGAUGCCAAAGCAGCUCAUUCACAUACAGCAUCGGCUGUUGGCAGAUGUGCAUCCACUCCGGGAGCACCACCUCCAGCGGGCCAUCUCAGCGCAGCAGGUGUGGGGCGAGAAGAGGGACAACAUGGUCAUCCCGGUGCCAGAGGCCGAGUGCAACAUCCCCCACUACGAGUCUCUGUAUCCUGGGGAGUUCAAGAUGCCAAAGCAGCUCAUUCACAUACAGCCUUUCAGUCUGGACACGGAGCAGCCGGACUACGACCUGGACUCCGAGGACGACCUGUUUGUGAAGAAGCUGAAAAAGAAGAUGGAGAUCACAGAGCUGCAGUUUGAGGAGAUGAUCGACCGCCUGGAGAAGGGCAGCGGACAGCAGCUGGUGAGUCUGCAGGAGGCCAAGCUGCUUCUGAAGGAGGACGACGAGUUGAUAAAGGAAGUGUUUGAAUACUGGAGCCACAAGAGGAAAAACAGUAAAAGUGGAACUCUCAUCCCAGCCGUCAAACAGGAGAAACGGGACGGAUCCAGCACCAGCGACCCCUACGUGGCCUUUCGACGCAGGACCGAGAAGAUGCAGACCAGAAAGAACCGAAAGAACGACGAGGCGUCUUAUGAGAAGAUGCUGAAGCUGCGCCGGGACCUGAGUCGAGCGGUCACCAUUUUGGAGAUGAUCAAACGCAGAGAGAAAAGCAAGAGGGAACUCCUGCACCUCACGCUGGAGAUCGUGGAGAAGAGAAACGUGAUGCCGGACCUGGGAGAGGAGGUGAUGGCUGAGGCGUUGGCCCAGAGAGCUCUGGUUAAACCUGUGUACAACAUCCCACUGCUGCCUCUGUCCAACAGCAGCCAAUACAGACACCCGGACCUGCUGGACUUCAAGGACUACAAGAAGGUGGAGAGGGAGAGGGUGGACUCAGCAGGUGGUGGAGAGGGAGAGGGUGGAUCCUCAGCAGGUGGAGAGGGAGAGGGUGGACUCAGCAGGUGGAGAGGGAGAGGGUGGACUCAGCAGGUGGAGAGGGAGAGGGUGGACUCAGCAGGUGGACUCAGAGGGAGAGGGUGGACUCAGCAGGUGGUGAGAGGGAGAGGGUGGACUCAGCAGGUGGAGAGGGAGAGGGUGGACUCAGCAGGUGGGAGGGAGAGGACUCAGCAGGGAGGGUGGACUCAGCAGGUGGAGAGGGAGAGGGUGGACUCAGCAGGUGGAGAGGGAGAGGGUGGACUCAGCAGGUGGAGAGGGAGAGGGUGGACUCAGCAGGUGGAGAGGGAGAGGGUGGACUCAGCAGGUGGAGAGGGAGAGGGUGGACUCAGCAGGUGGGAGAGGGAGAGGGUGGACUCAGCAGGUGGAGAGGGGAGAGGUGUGGGGACUCAGCAGGUGGAGAGGGGAGAGGGUGGACUCAGCAGGUGGGAGGGUGGACUCAGAGGUGAGAGGGAGAGGGUGGACUCAGCAGGUGGAGAGGGAGAGGGUGGACUCAGCAGGUGGAGAGGGAGAGGGUGGACUCAGCAGGUGGAGGGGAGGGUGGACUCAGCAGGUGGAGGGGGAGGGUGGACUCAGCAGGUGGUGAGGGAGAGGGUGGACUCAGCAGGUGGAGAGGGAGAGGGGUGGACUCAGCAGGUGGAGAGGGGAGGGUGGACUCAGCAGGUGGAGAGGGAGAGGGUGGACUCAGCAGGUGGAGAGGGAGAGGGUGGACUCAGCAGGUGCAGGUGGAGAGGGAGAGGGUGGACUCAGCAGGUGGAGAGGGAGAGGGUGGACUCAGCAGGUGGAGAGGGAGAGGGUGGACUCAGCAGGUGGAUAGGAGGGAGAGGGUGGACUCAGCAGGUGGAGAGGGAGAGGGUGGACUCAGCAGGUGGAGAGGGAGAGGGUGGGACUCAGCAGGUGGAGAGGGAGAGGGUGGACUCAGCAGGUGGAGAGGGAGAGGGUGGACUCAGCAGGUGGAGAGGGAGAGGGUGGACUCAGCAGGUGGAGAGGGAGAGGGUGGACUCAGCAGGUGGAGAGGGGAGGGUGGACUCAGCAGGUGGAGAGGGUGGACUCAGCAGGUGGGAGGGAGAGGGUGGACUCAGCAGGUGGAGAGGGAGAGGGUGGACUCAGCAGGUGGAGAGGGAGAGGGUGGACUCAGCAGGUGGAGAGGGAGAGGGUGGACUCAGCAGGUGGAGAGGGAGAGGGUGGACUCAGCAGGGGGAGGUGGACGGAGGGAGAGGGUGGACUCAGCAGGUGGAGAGGGAGAGGGUGGACUCAGCAGGUGGAGAGGGGAGGGUGGACUCAGCAGGUGGAGAGGGUGGACUCAGCAGGUGGAGAGGGAGAGGGUGGACUCAGCAGGUGGGAGAGGGAGAGGGUGGACUCAGCAGGUGGAGAGGGAGAGGGUGGACUCAGCAGGUGGAGAGGGAGAGGGUGGACUCAGCAGGUGGAGAGGGAGAGGGUGGACUCAGCAGGUGGAGAGGGAGAGGGUGGACUCAGCAGGUGGUGAGGGAGAGGGAGAGGGUGGACUCAGCAGGUGGAGAGGGAGAGGGUGGACUCAGCAGGUGGAGAGGGUGGACUCAGCAGGUGGAGAGGGAGAGGGUGGACUCAGCAGGUGGAGAGGGAGAGGGUGGACUCAGCAGGUGGAGAGGGAGAGGGUGGACUCAGCAGGUGGAGAGGGGAGGGUGGACUCAGCAGGUGGAGAGGGAGAGGGUGGACUCAGCAGGUGGAGAGGGAGAGGGUGGACUCAGCAGAGGGUGGACUCAGCAGGUGGAGAGGGGAGGGUGGACUCAGCAGGUGGAGAGGGAGAGGGUGGACUCAGCAGGUGGUGAGGGAGAGGGUGGACUCAGCAGGUGGAGAGGGAGAGGGUGGACUCAGCAGGUGGUGAGGGAGAGGGUGGACUCAGCAGGUGGUGAGGGAGAGGGUGGACUCAGCAGGUGGAGAGGGAGAGGGUGGACUCAGCAGGUGGAGAGGGAGAGGGUGGACUCAGCAGGUGGUGAGGGAGAGGGUGGACUCAGCAGGUGGAGAGGGAGAGGGUGGACUCAGCAGGUGGAGAGGGAGAGGGUGGACUCAGCAGGUGGAGAGGGAGAGGGUGGACUCAGCAGGUGGAGAGGGAGAGGGUGGACUCAGCAGGUGGAGAGGGAGAGGGUGGACUCAGCAGGUGGAGAGGGAGAGGGUGGACUCAGCAGGUGGAGAGGGAGAGGGUGGACUCAGCAGGUGGUGAGGGGAGGGUGGACUCAGCAGGUGGAGAGGGUGGACUCAGCAGGUGGUGAGGGAGAGGGUGGACUCAGCAGGUGGUGA